AUGGCCCAAAACCCAUGGUAUGUUCAAAAGUCGAAGGCACUAAGAACGAGCAAAUUGGGAAAAAUCAUUAACAAGUUCAAUGAAGAUUACGACCACUUGAUGUACAUGUCCAAAUUUAUGAACAUAAGAAAUACGCUGGAGAAAAUUUACAAUAAUUCGGAAUUGAUAAUUAACAAAAAGACCUUCAGCAUAGUUCGGAUAAGCUGUGUGGCCCAAUUGCAACCGAGAUACAUAAACAAUGUGAAGGAUGGAUUAAGCAUCUACCUUUCCAAUUUUAUGCUCAAGGCUAACCACGAUGUGGAAGGAUUCGCCAUAUGCUUCAACAGCAUCAAGGUGAAGGAGAAGGAGCCCAAAGUUAUCAACGGCGAGGCGUCUGUGAUGUUCUUAAAGAUAACCUUCAAUCUUCUGCUUCUGGUGCUGAAGGAAGACUACCGGAUAAAGGUCCAAAUUAAUAAAAUAGAACCACUAAAGAUUCACCUGGACGUUUUUGGAAUCGUCGAAGCUACCUUCCCGGAGGAAGUGUUUCAGAAAUUCUGCUACAAUUCAAAAAAUAACACAUUCAUGAAGGACAACAAGACUUAUUCCCUCAACGAUAUUAUUAACUUCACGAUAAAAAGCGUUACCUACUCACCGUGCGGAUCGAAUGUGAAGCUCAUUGGAUGCAUUUAG